AUGAAAAUAUUUAUGCAAAUCUUAUGCUUCUUUCUUUUACUAACCUUGUACAAAUGUGCAGUGAUCACUGGGGCCUGUGAAAGAGAUCUGCAGUGUGGAAGUGGGACGUGUUGUGCCAUCAGCUUGUGGCUACGCGGGCUCCGGAUGUGCACUCCAUUAGGGCGCGAGGGAGAUGAAUGCCACCCUAUUAGCCAUAAGGUCCCUUUCUUCGGAAAACGGCAACAUCACACCUGUCCUUGUUUGCCAAACUUCAUAUGUUCUAAAUUCACUGAUGGCCGAUACCGAUGUUCAGUAGACUUCAAGAACAUGGACUUUUAA